UUUUUCCCAUCGACAACAAUAGACAUCCAACAAAGAAAGAGAUAGUGGCAUUUUCCUUUAUGGUUUUCCAGGCAAUUCUCCUCCUCCUUUGUGUAUGUGUUUAUUUGUAUUAUUAUUAUUAUUUCUAAUGAGCCAAGAAAUGUCCGCAAUAUACACAGUUUGUCAUACAAUCUAGAUAAUUGACAAACCAUCCUCAAUACAAAAUGUGGCACUUUUCUCACUUCUCUUUCUCCUUCUGUUUCUGCUGCCUCUGCAUUUUCCUAGUAAUCACCCCUCACCAAAAAAGCUCUAACAUUGCUGCAACAUCAGUUGACAUAAUCAACCAAACCUGCAAAACAUGCGCCGAUGAAUCUUACACUGUCGACUAUAUCUUCUGUUUAACCUCACUCCAAGUAAUCCCGGUCAGCCAUGUCUCUAAUCUUCACGGGCUAGCAUUGAUUGUGAUGGAGUUAGCUCUGAGAAAUGCAACCAACACAGUUUCAGGCAUAAAAAAGUCGUUGAAUGGCACAGCUUUUGAUCCUUUUGCAUUGGCUUGCUUAGAGAAUUGCUUGGAACUGUACUCGGGCAGUGUCAGGACAAUUGUGGAUUCCAUUGGAGCGUUUUUGUCUGAGCAUUAUGUGAUUGCUAAGGUGUGGUUGAGCACGGUUAUGGAGGCAGUGUCAACGUGUGAGGAAGGGUUUGCAGAGAAGAAAGGUGAAGUGCCACCAUUGACCAAGGAGAAUUAUGAUCUCUUUCAAUUAUGUAACAUUGCAUUAUGCAUCAUCCACUUGCUUACCCCUCCUCUUCCUCCUUAAUUGGUUCUUAAAGUAUCUGUAAUUUUUUUCUUCUUUUGCUUAAAAUAUCUGAGUCCAGCUGCUACUCAACAUGUGGCAUUCUUUCA